GUGGGAGGAGUCUGAUUGUGCUGCUUGCUGAGAAAGAGGGAGCAAGCGUUAGUGGUGACUUGGAGGUUCCAGUUAGGUGACCUGGUGAUUGUCUGCGGAGACAGGUUGGGAGGAGCAGGUUUUCUUGGAGAGAAGAAGGCAAGGACUAGCUCCCGCUGACUGUAUGUAAAGUGCUGAAGUGACCCUGGGCCUUAAGUACCUGGAAGUCAGGGAGGAGGCCUGCGAAGGGGUCAGAGAUCUAGGAUCUGAAGCUUUGGCCUGAAGGCGGGCCUGAGGCAGUGUGUGGAGGGCACACCGAGGUGGUCCUGGGACAAAGCCAGUCGCCAGGAGCUGAUGGAGCUGGGAGAUGAAGCACCUGGAGUGGGGAGAGGCCCCCGAGACGAGAGGAGGGAGGAGACCAGUGAUGAUCGCAAUGCCUCUUCAGAAGAAAAAGAUUGCCCCAGCCCCAACCUAGAUACUUCAGGGGACUCUAAAUCAGGCGAGGACAGCAGUUCUGAGAGCGGUUCUGAAUCUGAUAAUGAGGAGGCAAAACCAGAAAAAACAAAUGGGGAGCUAGGAGAGUCUUCCGCCGAGGAAGCGUCUGCUCGGGUUGAAGAAUGGGAGGAUAAAGAAUUGCCCACACAGCAUUUUAAUUCAGAAUCUAAUAAAAUCCAGUCUCACUGUGAACACUGUAAUGCUGAAAAUAAACACAAUGAACUGGUGACUCCCAGGCUUCUUUCCCGAGGACAGUUUUUGCUGAAGGUGGAUGGAGAGGGAACUUACCAGUGCACGGAGACUGGUCUGAUAUUUGAGGUUAACAGGAAAGUUGAUAUCAAGUAUUGCGUCUUGUCCUGGAGCAAAUACUCAGACCUCAUUGUGAAGCCCUGGGCCGUCGGUGGACCCUUGUUUGAUGUUAAAUGUGACCCGCUCUGUCUUACCUCCAUUCAGUUUCCACAUUCCCUCUGCUUGGGUCACCAAGAUGCCAACAUGACGUUCAAAGUCUUCCACGUUAAAAGUACUGGGGCCUCAUUAGAAUAUACUGUGGACCAUUCUGCCACCCAUGUCAAAUGGCGUGUGAGUUCUCUUUCUCCUGUGGGACCCGUUAUUCAAAGCGAAGAGACGGUAUUCCACCACGGGGCGGUGAUCUUGUACAAAGCCAUCGACCAUAACCCGUCCUUGUCUUUUCGAGUGUAUGUAGCAACCAAUAAUGAAUCCUUCAUCAAGGAUAUUUCCAAGUCUGUAAAGCACUCCUCUAAGAAAUUCAUGAAAAUCGACAAGCCUCCAGUUUGCCAGAAGUUGCUGCAGAAUGGGAAGAAGUACAGGCUGAUCAGUGAGCCAGAAGCUGAGAUCACCCCAGAGGAAAUUGAAUUUGUGGAUGGUUCACUUUUAAAAUUGAAAAGUUAUAUUGAAGUGUAUCUGGAGCAACCAGUGGAGUUUAAAUUACUCUUGGUUGAAAUGGAUUCCGAGGAGAUUGUAUGGAAGGCAAAACUGAGAGAGUGUGACUGGGUUCAGCAAAAUCGGAACCAGAACAUUUCAAAAAGCUGCACAAGUGGUAACAGGCGACGAAAAAGGAGUAGCAGCUUACCCGAUGAGAUGGUCUAUGAUAAAAGAAUGAAGCAGAUUGACAGUUCAGAUGGGGUGAAGACUAAAACCCUGUUAACAGACACUCAGUUGUUUAACCUUGCUGAGAAGCUGGGGAAGGAGUGGUUAAAGAUUGCCAUUGCCAACCUGAAGCUGAAUAUUAGCGAAAUCGAUGCUAUCCGGGAGAAGGAAGACAAUGUUACAAUCAGUAAGUUUAAGAUGCUGAAGAAGUGGCAAGAGAAGGAGCAGAGUAAUGCCACAGCUCAGAAUUUAUGUAACUGCUUAAAAAAUGUUGAUUCAGUUGAAGUCCAAGAUGUGCUGAGAGGCUUCUUACAGGAAACGUGAGGUUUGAAAGAUGAGCUGGAAAAGGAAGCCUCAGGAACUUCCGCCUUCAGACUGUCUCCGUGGUAAUACGGCACAGACUUCGGGACCCAGAGCUACACAACCUGUGGAAGCAGCUCCUUUCACAGACCACUUGCAGCUCACAUUAUUCAGGGGCAAAGGGAAUGUGAAAUAUUUGGAAACCUUGAGGAAGAAGAAAAAACCUCUAUAAUAUCAAGAAUUUUUUUUUGUACCUCCCACUCUCACCAUCCCACCCGGCUUCCCCACCCAAACACAUCCACUUAUAAAGGGUGCCUAAAAUGACUCAACAGCAGUCAGGCGAGAAAUGUGGUAAUUUUCCUACUGGAGUCUGUGAACUAUGAAAUUCCUAUCAAGCGUUUGGAACAUUUUUUUUUAGCAAUUAAGUGGUGGAGUACUUAAAUUGCACCAAUUUCACCUAGCUUUUUUUCCUCGUGUCAUUAAUGAUGAAGAGAGGCUCCUGUUCUUUUAGCUCCCACACAGUCAGACACUCAUGUGCUGCCGGGUCCAGUAUGUCUUUUUAUGUGAGGUGUGAUUUCCGCGUCUCACAUUACUAACCAGUCUGGCUGGUGGUCUGUUAGACCAUUAAAUCAAUCAUGUUACCUGGCCCUAGGGUCAUUAGAAAGGAUCAUAAUCCUCUCCCCAUCCGGGGUGGUGCAAACGCUCACAGGUGGUGGCCUCAUCUUAACUGGGGAAGUUCACCUGGAUCCAUCGUCAGAGUCCCUGCAGAUUUUGUCAACCUUCUGAAAUCACCAAACACUGCAUUUCUUGACCUUGACCCUGGAUUGUUUACUUGGCGGGGGGGCGGGCAGUGCGGGAAUGCCACUUAGAAAUAGCCUUAGUCAGGACCAAGGAACACUGUCGUCUCUUCUUGAAGAGGACUUGCCCGAGGGAAUCAUGGGCCAUAUUGGCUCUUGUUAAUGGGUGAAAUCUUUUUUUUUUUAAAAUAUGUCUUAAUAUGUAUAGAUAUUGUCACUCUCCCAGAAUCAUGCGUGUCGUGAUUAACAUUUUGGAUAUGUUUUGUUAACUUAUUUGAAGAAACUAUAAAUUACCAUUAGUCCCCUGUAGACAGUAGCUGGAGAGUAAAUUCAAUCUUAAUGAAUUAAUCAGAGGAACACACUUUAUAGCUUUGCCUGUGAAGAACAAAUUCAUUUUAUAGGGAAGAACGUAUUGAUAUUAUUAAUGAUCAGGGAUCCAGUGGAAUUAAAAUCAGUGUCACUUUAUGAGUUUUUUUUUUAAUUGUUCUAUAUUUCAGGAAACACAUGGAGUUUUAACAUUCAGAAGUGUAAAAUACUUAAAGGUCUUGAAUUUUUUAAGUGUUUAUUAUUUUUUGUAAGUUGUUUUCCAAAGAAAAUCGCAAUUUCAGAGGUGCUUUGUAUAUAAGCUGGUUUCCUAACAAUUUCCAGCCUUUUUCCUACUGUGGAUAAAGGGAAGAACAAUAAAUCUGCAUCUGUACAGUGCAAA